AUGGCAACCUUCAAAACUACUUCCGAUAAGCUGAAAGAGCUCUCAGGUACCUCAAUUUUUUAGCCUUUUUACCAUUUUCCAUUCUCAUUUUCAGCGGGACUUAGCGGAGAGGAACUUGAAGAGUUGAAAGAAAUUCGCCAACAAACCAGAACGAUCGCCGAGAUCUUUGGCGUGUUCGGAGUGCACGACAAGAAGAGAUGGACGGAGGUGAAGGAGCGAUAUCGGAAAGCGAAGGAGGCGCCGCGGAAGAAGCGGCAGGAGGAUGCGGAACUGGCGAGCCUUCUGGCGAUGCCGUUUGAUGACAAGUGCAGACUCUUCGAAACCAAACUCCCGAACGCUGCCGGAAACGAUAAGAGAAACGCUUCUCGACUGCUACUCAAUCACAUCGCUCGUCAUAAGGUAUACCCACAAAUGUGCUCAUAGAAUCCACGUGUCGCUUUGAGGAGUUGUACAUGCCGAAGACCAACUACUUGACAACUGUGAGCACUGCCAAGGACGAUCACGUCAUCACUCCCCAUUCCUGGCCGUCUUGCGAUCCCAGCGACAGUUCGGACGCGAUCGGCGAGAGUGCGGAUACGUUGUCGAAGAUGACCUACGAUGCGGCCUACUCGAACACGACCCAGUCGCAAUCGGAGACGCUGGUCUUCGACGAGAGCUCCUACAAUCCGGAACUGGCGACUCCGUUGCACACUUGCAUUGAGUAG